CGGUCAAAGAAAAGAGAUGAUCAAACAAACCUGAAAAAGUUAGUAGUUGUGACACCAGUUUAUUUACCGGCAUAUUUGUGUAUGACAAAUCACUGUUGGGAUAGCCGCCAUAUUGGGCCAUGGCCUUAAGCUUUUUGCAGAUACCAGGGAAUGUUUAUUUGUCGAAACAUUUUCCGCGAUACGUAUUGCCUUUUAUUUUCUUAUCACAAACAUCUCUUUUAAAAACAUGACAUGUUAGCGGAGUUGUUUGGCUGUUUUGAACAACCUGACAUAUUGAUCAUACUGUGCAUUUGGAAAAGUGUGAAAUGACAAUAGCCAUGAAAAACAGUGGAGAAGGAGGGACUCCAGUGGGAAAUGAGUCCAUGCAAGAAAGUACUGCUAUUGGAAAUACUACUCCAAAUCAAAACAGUCCUGCUGCUGCUGUAAAUAUAGAUGGAAACACAAAUGGUCAAAAUGCAAAAGAGAAAGAAGAUGACGAGGAAGCCUGGUUGGAUCCAACUACAGGUGAACCUUAUUUCCCAGUUAGUGAACUGGCCAGGCUAGAAGAAAUGAUUAGUAGGACACGUUGGGUAGUCCCUGUCCUACCAAAGUGUGAGCUUGAAAUCCUUCUGGAUGCAUCCAUCAACUUAUGUAGGAGAGAACUGGAUACAAGAAGUGAAGCUUGCCAGAGAUUCUUCCAGGAUGGCCUGACAAAGUCUUUCACUAAGAUUUUGACUGAUGAUGCUGUCAGCAGUUGGAAGUUUGAGAUUCAUCGUUGCAUCUUGAGGAAUUGUGAAAAACUAAUAGAACUAUGUGUCUCAAAGCUGAGUCAAGACUGGUUUCCCUUGCUGGAGCUGCUAGCUGUAGUUUUGAAUCCUCAAUGCAAAUUUCACACCUUCAACUUAACCCGGCCCUCCGAGCUCUACCCGUUGAAUGCAAAUGGAGGUGAUGAAGAAAUUUUUGCAAAGUCCCCCGACAUUCGAGCUCCAAGGGGCUGGUUAGUGGACCUUAUUAAUCGCUUUGGGAAAUUGAAUGGAUUUCAACUGUUGUUGGAACGGUUUCAAAGCGAGCAAAACUUGAGCCUGCCUGUGAUGUUUGCUCUUAUUCGGCCAUUUGGACUCUGCAAUGAAAUGUUGACCAUCCCCACCAUUACUAAAUAUUUCCUGCCUAUUGUUGAGGUGAUCCCUGCAUUCUUGGAUAAUUUAACCGACGAAGAACUUAAGAAAGAAUCGAAGAACGAAGGCAAAAAUGAUUUAAUAUCAGCACUUGUCAAAUUUCUCAAGAAUCUUGCGCAACGUGUCCCCGGUCAGGAAGAAACGCUCCAGAAUUUGGAAAUGUUUCGACUUAAAAUGAUCCUUCGGCUAUUGCAAAUUUCAUCUUUUAAUGGCAAAAUGAACGCCCUCAACGAGAUCAAUAAGGUUAUUGCGAGUGUAGCUUCGUAUCCCCACCGAACAACGGGCAACAGCGUCGUUACGGGUGCCAACGAAACUGACGAAGAGUGGCUUACAGCUGAAAGGAUGGCUGGAUGGCUGAAAGAGCAUAGGGUAUUACAGAUCGUCCUAGCCGAUUCGUUGCAUCAGCCUCAAUAUGUUGAGAAACUUGAGAAAAUCCUCCGCUUUGUUAUUAAGGAGAAAGCACUGACACUGGAAGAUUUGGACCGUGUUUGGGCUUCUCAAGCCGGCAAGCACGAAGCCAUAGUCAAGAAUGUUCAUGAUUUGCUUGCCAAACUAGCAUGGGAUUUUUCUCCCGAACAAUUGGACCAUUUAUUUGAAUGUUUUCAGGCAAGUUGGACAACUGCAGGGAAGAAACAACGAGAAAAGCUGUUAGAGCUGAUUCGCCGCUUAGCUGAGGACGAUAAAGACGGUGUAAUGGCUCACAAGGUGUUGACGUUAUUCUGGAACCUUGCGCACUCACCCGACGUGCCGAAUGAAAUCAUCGACCAGGCCAUGAAUGCUCAUGUGAAGAUCCUUGACUAUUCUUGCUCUCAAGAUCGUGACACUCAAAAAACAGUUUGGCUCGAUCGUUGCGUCGAAGAGAUUCGUCACAACGUGUGGGUACUCCAGGCGCUCAAACAAAUUCGAGAUAUAUGCUGCCUGUAUGCCGAGACUCCGGCCAAUUACAACCAUGCCGCCAACGCCCACGCAGCUCGUGCUCAGCACGUCCUUUAUCGACAAGAAGUGGUCAAUCGUCUCCAGCAGCAGCACGCACUAGUCAUUCUUAUAACUGACAAUCUCUGUUCUUACAUGGAGCGUGUGCGAAGCACCGUAAAAGACAGUCCAGCCAACUACGAUCCGCUCACGCAUUUGCCAGACGGUCGUUACAGCCACGUUCUUCAGGUUCAAGAACGCUUGAGUUUUUUAAGAUUUUUGCUGAAAGACGGGCAGUUGUGGCUUUGUGCGCCUCAGGCACGUCAGAUCUGGCAUUGCCUGGUUGAACGGGCUAUAUUUGUUGCUGAUCGAGAGGCCUGCUUCAAAUGGUUCUCGAAAUUGAUGGGCGAGGAGCCUGAUCUUGAUCCCGAAGUAAAUCGCGAGUUCUUCGAGGCACAGAUUCUUCAACUGGAUCCUAGUCUCAUGACUGAGAGUGGGAUGAAGUGCUUCGAUCGUUUCUUUAAGGCUGUCAACGCUAAAGAAGGAAAAUUAGUAGCCCGACGCAAGAUGAACGACGUGGGGCUCAUCGGACUUGAUUAUUUGUGGCGUGUCAUUCUGUUUGGAAGUGAUCCAGUUGCUGAAAAAGCUAUUCAUCUGCUGAAGGAGACCUACACCAGUUUAGGUCCCCGAUUGGUCAACAACCAAGUUGAGAUUCACGAAGAUCUCAUAGGCAGUUGUAGUGACAGACUUCGAGCUUCACACGAUACUCUGCGUGCGUACAUGAUACAACAGCAGCAGCAGCAGCCACAUGAAGCCUUAGUGACCGAGAAGGAUUUCGCCAAUCGAAGCAGACAGGAGACAACACGCAUGUGCAGACUGUUGAAACUAUUACAGGAGUAUGUUAGCGACUACGAUUGCGAGUUUCAGAUGAGGGAGGAGCGUACUCUGCUCCCUCUGGGAAGAGCACACAGGGGGAAAUGCUUUACACUGGUUGUCCGGUUUCCUAACCAAGGACGCCAACCGGAGGAUAUCGAAAUAUGGACCCAUAGUAACGAGACCCUCGCCACCGUUCGGCGACGCAUCAUGGCUCGAGUGAAAUCUACCAACCAGACAGCUGCCCUGUCUGCAACUGCUGGAGUAAAUUCGUCUUUAAUUCAGCCUCAAGUAGUGGGCCACCAGCAGCCGCCAGUACAGCAGCAACAGAGUGGAGUCAAGCUGGAUCUCUACUUGAAUAAUGAACUCAUAGAACCUUCCGAAGGAUAUCGUUUAGUGGCAGACUUACCACUCAGGGAUAAAACGAUGUUGACAGCUAAACUGUCGCAAUCGAAUACUGCUGUGGCGGGAUCACCAGACAGUAGCAGUGAUAGUAGCACGGGUGGUUCACCUCAGCAUGCGCCAAGCAGUUAUCAAGGUAGCUUGGGAGGUCAGCAGCAUCAUCCGAUUUCAGCCGCUUCCGCCGAAAUUAUGCUACCGGGAGUGUUAAUGUCGAGAGACAAGCGCAUCAAUCCGUUUUUGUGUCAAUUGGCGGAUCUGGGCUCACAGUUACAGCAUGCUCAGUUGCGUGACGCAGCACGCAAUCUUCUACGGCAGUUGCCGGCUGAUCCGCAGGCUAUCGAGCGCCUUGUAGCCGCUAGCCAAAUUCCUCCCGUCGUUUCGUCUUCGCCUUCAGUGACGAGUAGCGAGAAAACUGGGCCUACCCAAUCUCCUUCGGAAUUGGAAUCUAUCUUCGUAGCGGCAUCACCCUCGACCAUUUUGUAUCAUCUGGAGGUUGCCUACAGUUUGCUGAUGCCGGCCAAUAUGUCAGCUUCGGAGAGAACUUCUGAGUUUCAACUAGGAUUCAUUCUCAGAGGUGGAAUUCCUCUAUUAUUAAAUAUGCUUAGUGCCAAGAGUUUCCUCGCCACCGCUGAUAUUCCAACUAAAAGGUCGGCGUAUUUAAGCAUACUUCGACUGUCAAAGGUUGUGCUGGCUGUAAUGUCCCAUAUUUGCUUGCGCAACCUUGUCGAAUCGCCCAUCCACACCGUUCUGCUUCAAAAUAGCAGUUCUUGUAUAGCAACUGACAAUGUUGUAAGGGCUAUUGCUGUUCGGCUUACUCAGCACAUGCAGGGUGACUCGGAUGCCAGCCUUCUCCUGUGUGGCGUCAAGCCGGAUGAAGAGGUUGUCCGCUCUCUGGUCCGUCUUGCCUGGGCAAGUAGCAGCGGGGAUUAUCAGCUGCUCGAUUCUCCUUGGGACGAGCUUGGCUCUGUCAAAAUAAACAGCUUUUUGACGCCCAUUCAAGAAAAUGAAUAUUCAGAGGAUACGCUGCUCUGCAAGGAGGCCUUGGAAGUCUUGACUGUGGUGAACAGUAUAUCACCACGGGCCCUUUAUCAGGUGUCGCAGGCCCCUACGUUUUAUCGAUUUUCACUUGAGAUGAUACUGCUCUGCCCGGUGAAGCCACUCCGUUUAUCCGCAGCGGAGCAAUUUCUUUUGAUAUCGAGUCAGCCUGUGUUACUUCAAGCUACUCUUACGCCCGAGUCUCCUUCGAUGUUGACGUUCUUUCUCGAACUACUAUUUUCGGUUAUGGGCAGCACGGUUCCAGAACACGCCAAAAAUUCACAAGAGUUUUUUCAGCUCUUGUGUCGGCUUUUGAACUUAGCUGCCACUUCCGGCACCCCUCUACCUACAGCCGAACCCCUACUACUCAACGAAAUCAGUUGGCUGCAAAGUGUUAGAGAAUCUUUUUUGAAGACGGGAUCAACGCAGACUGAAGAUGAUUUACUGGAAGGUCAUCUUUGUCUCACUAGGGAGCUGGUGUCUUACCUCGGCUUAGCUAAGAAGUUUGAAGUGGGGUCUGAUCCUUCGAAGGGUGUCAACUUAAUUAAAGAACUCCUGGAAGAUUUUCUUUAUCCAGCAUCUCGUAUCAUGGCUAAGUAUAACAGCACUGGCGAAUUAAUGUCUGCUGUGGCCGAUCCCAUUUGCUCUUCAUCGGCUUCGGUGGUGGCCGCACUGGAUCUUCUAGUGGCCCUUAGUUCUGGAUGCGUGGCCAAUAUGAAAUUAUUAACGUCCAUGUUAACCGAAAUGUUUUUCUCUGAUCAACAAGCCGAACCGCUUAGUGAAUGGGAAUAUUUGCCUCCAGUUGGACCAAGAGCUUCCUGGAGUUUUGUGGGUCUGAAAAAUGCCGGAGCUACUUGCUACAUGAACUCUGUAUUGCAGCAACUUUUUAUGAUCGAACGUUUGCGGCGCGGUGUGUUACUUGCUCACGGCGCAGCGCUCGAUCCCGAUGAAGAUUUUAACGGCGACGAAAAGAUGGAGAAUGAAACGGAGACCAACGAAGACCAGCAGCUGCAAUUGCAGCAACACCAGAGAAGCCGAGACGAAUCGACUCGCGAAUACAACAUAAAUAUUCUGAAGCAACUGCAAGCCAUCUUUGGGCAUUUGGCAGCUAGCAAGUUGCAAUAUUACGUCCCUCGUGGCCUCUGGCGCCAUUUCAAGCUUCAAGGCGAGCCGGUCAAUCUUCGUGAGCAGCAAGAUGCUGUUGAGUUCUACAUGAGUCUUACGGACAGCGUCGACGAGGCUCUGAAAGCACUGGGUCAUGAGCAAAUUAUGCAUCGAACCCUAGUUGGCAUCUAUUCUGAUCAAAAAAUUUGCAAGGGUUGUCCGCAUCGUUACUGUAAGGAGCAACCCUUCAAUGUUAUCAGUAUUGACAUUCGCAAUCACAGUAAUCUGCACGAUUCCUUAGAACAAUACGUUAAGGGAGAAUUACUCGAAGGUGGUGAUGCGUACCAUUGCGAAAAAUGUAACAAAAAAGUCAAUACUGUGAAGCGACUAUGUGUGAAAAAGUUACCGCCUAUCUUGGCUAUUCAACUGAAGCGAUUCGAAUACGACUACGAACGGCUUUGUCCCAUUAAAUUUAACGACUAUUUCGAGUUCCCUCGCGUCCUGGACAUGGAGCCGUACACGGUGUGGGGUUUGGCUAAAGCCGAAGGCGAAAUUAUUGACUACGACAUGGAGGAAGAGGCUAAUCGCGAUAUUUGCACUCGCUAUCAGUUGACUGGAAUCGUCGUUCAUAGUGGCCAGGCAAGUGGCGGUCAUUACUAUUCUUACAUCCUCCAUCGACCUCCCGCGAAUGCUAACGGUGGUACGAGUGGAGCAAAGUGGUACAAAUUCGAUGACGGAGAUGUGAGCGAAUGCAAAAUGGACGACGACGAGGAAAUGAAGAACCAAUGUUUCGGCGGCGAGUAUAUGGGCGAGGUUUUCGACCACGUCGUUAAAAGAAUGAGUUACCGACGUCAGAAGCGUUGGUGGAAUGCGUACAUUCUCUUCUACACCAAGGAGGACAUCGACAUCAGCAAUCGGAUGAGUGAAUUAACAGUCAACGAGUCGGUAUCUUCGACGUUCUCUGCCUCGCCAACUCCCUCACUCUCUAUGCCUCUGGCCAUCGAACGAAGCGUCCGGAAACAGAACAUCAAGUUUCAACACACGUACAACCAGUUUUCAACCGAAUAUUUUCAUUUCAUGAGGAAACUGAUCAGCUGCCAGACGCCGUACCUAGUUGUGGAUCCGAAAGCAUUGUCGGCCAAGUUACCAAGUUUGCCGUCAUCCAUCCACCUGGAUCCUGCUGUAAUGGAGGAGCUCGCUCUUUUAUCUGUCGAGAUUGGCGCACAUUUCCUCUUCACCACUUGUCUUCACACUAAGAAAUCGUUGAGAGGGGUGGCCAGUGACUGGUAUGAAGCGCUCCUUGGCCCGAUGCGCGUUUCGAAGACAGCUCGUCUCUGGAUCGGCCAACGCGUCCUCUUGGAUCAUCCUCAGCGUUUUUGCGAGUAUCUCCUGCAGUGUCCCAGUGCGGAAGUCCGUUCAGCGUUCGUCAAAAUCCUAGUCUUUCUGGCUCAUCUAUCGUUGAGCGACGGUCCCUGUGAAAUCACUUCACCGUCCACUACCAUACCCGGCGCUCUAUCGAUUCCAAGUAGCAGCGGAGCACCGAUUCUCGGUGAAGUCACACUGGCUGAUCACAUAUUCCAAGCAGUGUUGAACCUACUCAGUAAGGAGGUGGCCGACUAUGGAAGACACCUCUCACAGUAUUUCAACUUGUUUCUGGUCUACGCUUCACUUGGCCCGCCUGAAAAAGCUCACUUACUCCGACUCAAUGUCUUGGCUACUUUCAUGACGGUGGCUCUGGAUGAAGGCCCUGGCCCACCGAUCAAGUAUCAGUAUGCUGAACUCGGAAAGCUCUAUCAGGUUGUAUGUAUGUUGAUUCGUUGCUGCGACAUCAGCUCCAAGACGAGCUCGUCGGUUCCUGGCCAGCCGCCUUUGCCCAAUUCGUUUGGUGAACCACCGCUGAUGCCUAUCCAGCCCCAGGUGGCGGAGAUUCUCUACACCCGCAACAACUUUGUUAAGAAACUUCUGGAAGAUGCGAGUGGCAUUGAAGAAACGUCCCGUCUAUUACGAUACUGUUGCUGGGAAAACAACCACUUUUCUUUUGCCGUUCUCUCUGAAAUCUUGUGGCAGGUUGCCUUUGCCUACACCUACGAAUUGCGGCCACAUCUCGACCUGCUUCUCUGUAUUUUGUCGUUGGAAGACUCAUGGCAGAAAUAUCGCAUCACAGCUGCUCUAAAGGGUAUCCCUGACGAUCGGGAUGGAUUAUUUGAUAUCAUACAAAGGUCCAAGAAUCACUAUCACAAGAGAGCCUAUCAGUGUAUCAAGUGCCUCGUGGCGCUCUUCUCUUCGUGCCCUACGGCCCACCAAAUUUUGUUGACCAAUGUCGAAUUCAAACGCAAAUGGUCUGCAGCUGUAGAUUGGCUUCACGAAGAGCUUGACAGGCCAUAUCCGACAGGCAACAAUCAAUAUAAUCAAUGGUCACCACCUGCGCAGUCAAACGAGACCUCUAAUGGCUACUUUCUCGAGCGCUCACACAGCGCCAGAUUGACGUUGGACAAGUCCAUCGAACUAUGUCCUGAAGAAGAAGUGGAAAGUGAAGAUGCAGUUGGCGGAAAUCCAAGUGGAGUUGGCAAUAGCGUUGUUGGCAGUGGAGGAGAUGACAGCGAUAAUAUUGCACCUCCACCAGCAUUGGUUGCUGAUAGCAGCUUAGAUAACCCUACAGCAGCUCUUGUAAAAUCACAAACGAUGACAAGGGCAGCAUUUGGUGUAUCCCAGCCCCGACCGGGCCACGCUCAAGCAGCAUCGCCACGAGCCACUGCACCGCCAACGAAUCCCAAUCUGUCGAUUCCUCGCUCUUCUUCCUCACAAUUCCCUCCUCUGCAUCCGAAUCGGCCCCAACAGCCACCUGUCAAGAACGAAGGUAACGGUAGCAGUCAAUCCGGCCCGUCACCCACCCAUUAGCCAGACGUUGCUACCUGUUGAAUUUACGGAAAACAUCGCAGCUGUGAUUGUUGAAUUGUAACACAACAUAGCCUUUUGACGGCAUCACUCUUGACCUUGUUGUUAGGGUUGAUGGCUCGUUUCCAUGUUCUUUCUUUUUUUGUUCUUCUGCCGUUUUCAGUCUUUAUGUAAGCCUCAUGAGUCAAAAAAGAAAAAAAAAAAGAAAAAAAAAAGCAUCCAAAGGGUCGGUACACGUCAUGUUAUUGAUUCUUCCCUUUACUACUCUUAUUCAGCCCUUCCGUUGUUCAAUAAAACUUGUUUUUCUUGCUCUUGCUCUCCAACAUGUGAUUCCGUAUAGAACAGGCGAACAGCUCACUGGAACAAGCAUCGGCUAGUAAUUACGUUUCAAUUGGCGGUGAAAUAACAUGGGCUGUACCCUUCUAAUGGACUCCCCCUUUUGUGUUUGUGGUCCUUUUUGAUGUAGAAAUUUACAGUGGAUGUGCUUUAGUCAAUGCUUGUUCAAUUAUUUGGUCCUUCUUUUUCAACAGCUAUCGAUUAUUAUCCUUCCUCCUCCACCUCUUCAAAUCAUAAUAUUUCUCGGUUCAAGUUUCAAAUAGGCUGGUCCCGGUUCGAUAUACGAUGUGUUGAGAGUGGUCACACAACCAAGAGUUUAAGAGGAAUUCUUCGUUUAAAUGAAAAUUAUAUGAUCCCUUGUUUCUUCAAACUGUAUUUUUUCAUUUAUACACCCUCCCCCGUUCGGCAUCCACUACUCGAUGAAUAAAAAUUAAUUUCUUGUGGCGCCGUGUGCAUAUGUGUCAUUUGGAAGAAAUUGUAGGUAAUAAGGCGGAAAAUUAUUCAACUCUGUUAAUAUUUUUCUUUUGUUUCAGUGACGAUCUAGAGUUGAAAAUACAAGCGUGCGACUCAAA